AUGGAACCACCAUCAUCCGACUUUGUGAGGGGAGGCAAAUGGAAGGAGAUAGAAAGGGACAUCAGCAUCACAGGCGAGGAGGACGCACACCGCCUCCUGACCAUGCAAGAGGAGGACAGCGGAGGCGACGGAGACGAAGUGGUGGGCAGAGAGGAGGAGGAGGAGGAGGAGCUCUACAAAUACGGUGACGAUGACGAAGGUGAGGAGGGAGACAGCGGCGAGGGAGCGCGGUGCGUGCACGUGAACGAUCGGGCCGCCAACGCCGCCGCCGGCUUCGCGACCAACAUGACCAGCACCACCAAGUACACCUGGUGGAAUUUUCCCUUCAAGAACCUCUACGAGCAGUUCCGGCGCGUGGCGAACAGCUACUUCCUGCUGGUCAUGAUCAUCCAGUUGAUUCCCGGAGUGGCGCCCAUCACGCCGCUCACCAGCAUUUUGCCGCUGCUCUUCGUGCUCUGUGUCACGGCCAUCAAAGACGCCUGGGACGACUGGAAUCGACGGAAGGCCGACAACGAAGUCAACAACCGAACGGCGGUGGUCAGCGAGCGCGAUUUUGUGCGGGGCAGCCUCACCUGGCGCAACGUGGCGUACAAGGACAUCGUGGUGGGUGACUUGAUCAGGAUUCACGACGGCGAAGAGUUUCCCGCGGACAUCGUCUUUAUCAAGUCGGCUGCGGCCGACCACCAGUGCUUCAUCGAAACAUCGGACCUCGAUGGGGAGACGACAAAGAAGAUCAAGCGCGCGCUGGCGUUCACGUCUACCAUGACCGAAGCCGAGCUGGCCAACAUCGAGGCGGUCGUGGAAUGCGACGCGCCCAAUAUUCACCUGGAUUCCUUCAACGGCAAAUUCACGCUCAAGGCCAGCAGCGCUCGCACCCGCCAAUACACCCUCACCUCCAAGGUAAGACGGAAGAGCCUGCUCGGUCGGCCGCUCGACGACGAUCUCCCAUUCCCGCUCAACGAGACCCAGCUGCUCCCCCGGGGAGCGCGGCUGGUGAACACGCCGUUCAUCAUCGGCGUAGUGGUCUACACGGGUCGCGACACCAAGCUGGUGCUCAACCAGCAGCCCGUCCCGCUCAAGUUCUCCUACGUCGAGCGGACCACCAACAAGCUGCUCAUCGCCCUCGUUGCAUUCAUCCUCACGCUCUGCCUGAUCACUGCCGUGCUCAGCGUCUACUGGCGGGCGGAUGUUGGGUCUCGUAUUCCGUACCUGAUGAUGCCCAACGACAUCAGCGACGACUUCAAGAUGGGCGCCAAGAAUUUCCUGACGCUCUUUGUGCUCUUCAACACCUUCGUGCCGAUCUCGCUCUACGUCACGAUCGAGUUCAUCAAGCUCCUGCAGUCGUACUUUUUGGCCAACGACCUGGACCUGUACGACGCGGAGACCGACCAGCCGGUCAUCGUCAAGACCACCUCUCUCCUCGAAGACCUCGGUCAGGUGGACUACGUCUUCAGCGACAAGACGGGCACGCUGACGGAGAACAAGCUCGUACUCAAGAAGUGUUCGAUUCGGGGCACCAUGUAUGACGCCUCGGGACCGUCGUCGCAACACGUCGCCAAGAAGAAGCAGGAGGAAGGCAAGGCUUGGCAGGCGGACGGCAGCCGUGGCAAAGAAGAAGAAGGAGGAGGAGAAGAAGAGAGCCGGGAGACGCUCAACGCGCACGAAGACGACGCGUUCCCCCUGGAAGAGGACGAAGCACGGCUCGAGGACGACUUGGGCCAAGCCGAGGUGGAGGAGUUCCUGCUGGCGUUGGCCCUGUGCCACUCGGCCUUCGUGGAGUCAGCCCCGCAGGACGCUGGUGGCGGCCUACUCACCUACCAGGCGUCCUCGCCCGACGACGAGGCCCUCGUCCUGGCCGCCGCUCAGUAUGGAGUCACCCUGACUAGCCGCGUGGGUGAUCGGUUGACCGUGCGCAUGCGCGGCCAAGACCACGCCUUUCAGGUGCUGGCCGAGCUGCCGUUCGACAGCGACCGCAAGAGGAUGUCGGUGAUCGUGCGCACCCCGUCGAACGAGAUCCGGAUCUACUGCAAGGGCGCCGAGACGGUGGUGUUGCCGCGCCUCAAGUACUACACGCCCGACGCCGUCGGCAAGCUUCAGGACAAGCUCAGCGCCGCCGAAUACGACUACAUCGCCCAGACCGAGCAGCAUAUCAACCACUACGCGCGGAAGGGAUUGCGGACGCUGCUGGUGUCGAUGGCAACGAUGGACCAGGCCCAGUUCGACCGAUGGCUCUACGUCUACCAGAAGGCGGCCAUCGCCGUGCACCACCGGAAGGACACGGUCGCGCGUGCGGCCGAGCUGAUCGAACGCGACCUGCUCCUGCUCGGGGCCACCGCCAUCGAGGACAAGCUCCAGCACGGCGUCCCCGAGACCCUCCGCGACCUCGCACACAGCACGACUGACGAUGUCGACACUAUGGCGAUCUGCAUUCAGGCCGGGAUCAAGGUGUGGGUGCUCACGGGCGACAAGCAGGAGACGGCGAUCAACAUCGGCUACUCGGCGCAUGUGCUGGACGAGACCAUGGAGCUGCUGUGCGUCAACACCUCGACCACCCAGGCCUGCCAGCACACCCUCGACUCCUCCCUCGCCCGCCUUCGAGCAGCCGGACCCACCAAGAAGUGUGCACUGAUCAUCGACGGACUGAGUCUCGGCUUCGCCCUCGAAGACCACAAGGUCCAGUUCCGGGAGCUGUCGAAGCUGUGCCAGUCGGUGAUCUGCUGCCGUGUGUCGGCCAAACAGAAGGCUGCGGUGGUGAGUUUGAUCAAGGCCGAGGGCCACACCACGCUGGCGAUAGGCGAUGGUGCCAACGAUGUGUCCAUGAUCCGCAGCGCGCACGUAGGCAUCGGCAUCAUCGGCAAGGAGGGCUCGCAGGCCUCGCGCUCAUCCGACUACGCCAUCGCCCAGUUCCGCUUCCUCAAGAAGCUGCUCCUUGUUCACGGCCGCUACUCCUACCUCCGCAUCUCCACCCUCAUCCAAUACUACUUCUACAAGAACGCGACCUUCACCCUUCCUCAGUUUUACUUUUCCUUCUUCAACGGAUUCUCGGGACAGACUCUGUUCGACUCGUGGAUCAUCGUGCUGUUCAAUAUUGUAUUUACUUCGCUGCCAGUCCUCCUCGUCGGCCUCUGGGAUCGGGACGUCCCGCAAGAGGCGCUGCUCCAGUUUCCCAGCCUCUACUCGCGCUCCCGACUGAACAAGGACGCGGUGCUCCAUUCGGCCCUCAUAUUCUUCUUCGCCCUCGUCAUCUCCACCGCAGUGCUCCCCAACGGUCAUCCGAUGGACAUGUUCUUGUUCGGCAUCACCAUCUCCACGUCCGCCAUCACCAUCGUCACCCUCAAGCUGGCCAUCGAAACCAACCUGGGCGUCUACUUCUUCUUCAUCUCCAUCUACGGCCUCAUCCCGCACGUGCGCGGCUGGGACAACCACAUCUACUGGGCCUUCUUCGCCUUGUUCACCAGCUCCUCGUUCUGGCUCACCUACGUCGCCCUCGUCGUGUGCAGCCUGCUGCCCGACCUCACCUUCAAGAGUGUGCUGCGGUGCUUCUUCCCCAGCGACUGGAGCGUGAUGCGCGAGUACUGGCUGCGGGCGCGGCUUCGCCAACGCACGGCCGCGUACUACGGGUUCCUCUCCGCCUCCGCCAACACGCUGCGCGGAGACGAGACAGAGCCGCUCGUUGGUUCCCGCAAAGCGACCGCGUUUUGCACGUGA